UUAUAUAUAUUUCUAGCCGCAAUCGGACAGUAUGUCAGACUCGGAAGACGACCAGAAUGGAGUCCCGCUCCUCGAAGACUUUCCGGAACCCGGCACAGCAGAACAACCGCCUUCAGCGAAGCGAAAGCGGGACGACGAAGAGAAAACCGAGAGUAAACGAGCAGCGAAGCGAAAGAAGUUCAAGAAGGCUGCAACGCUAGACGACGAAACCCUGGACCUCGAGCUCGGUCUCAACCAUGCAAUCGCGUACAUGGACGGUCGUCUCGUAGCCGACCACAUCGCGCAACGAACCAAGCGGUUCCGGCCCGACCUAAGCAUGCUAGAAGCGGAAGAACUGCACAUCUCUGCCCAAGCGAUCACGGAGACCUCAACAUGGGAGAAACGGAGAACAACAACGAACCUAGCAGACUUCCUAGAGCACUUCGCCGGACCCCGGCGGAAGGAAAAGGGCCACAAGCUCUCUGACGCCGCGCAGGAGAAGGGCAGUCCACACACGCUCGUGGUAGCGGGCGCGGGACUGCGCGCAGCAGAUCUCACAAGGGCGCUGCGGAAGUUUCAGACCAAGGACUCCAUGGUGGCGAAACUGUUUGCCAAGCAUAUCAAGCUCAAAGAAGCCAUUGAGACGGUGAAGAAGACGAGAAUGGGUAUCGGUGUUGGAACGCCUCAGAGAAUUACUGAUUUACUGGACGACGGCGCGCUUUCUUCGUCUCACCUGGAGAGGAUUGUGGUGGAUGCGUCGCAUAUUGAUCAGAAGAAGCGCGGGAUUCUCGAUAUGCGAGAGACGCAGGCGCCACUGGUCCAGCUGUUGUCGAGAACUGAGUUCAAAGAGCGCUACGGGGCAGAAGACGGGAAGAAGAUCGAUUUGAUCUUUUACUGAGGUGAGGCAAAGUGCUUACGCUCGCAUCCCGCGAUAUGGGUCACACAAGGCCUUCGCAGGGACGCUUGCCUGUACGCUGCUGUAGGUAUGGCUGUAUAUCCUGCUCAGUGCUUAUUUCUCUCGCUCGCGCUACCUAAAGACUACUGAAGCAGAACUUCCUAUCACUUCCUCGUCGUUCUUUUAGUCUUUAGCACCUCAACUCCUUGACAUUCCUUCAGUCAUCCCACUUUGGGCAGGCGCGACCACCAUCGUUCCUUCCUUCUUUAUCCACCUGGCAAACGCCAACCGGUCGCGCCAAGCUCG